AUGGCCAAGAAAAAGGUUCCCCCCGCCAUCGGCAAGGGUCCAGCCUCCUCCACCACCAUUACUCGGGUCUGUGUCACGCGCCCGUCGUGUCUUGUCCUACUCACACUUCCUCCGGUACACAGAUCCAGACUCACCCCGAUGCGUCGAACCACGGAUCCCAACGCGGAGGAUCCAUCCCCGCCUUUCGAUGGGGUCUACGACUUGUUACGCUCCUGGCGCCUGCGGGCUCUGGAACCCACCCGUGCGCAUUCCACCGACUGGACGGAACUCGGAGUCCUCCUCAGUCGCGACGAACCCUCCGGGGGCUCGCCCCACGUCACGUCCCCCACCACGACACCGGCUUCCUCCGUUGCUUCCUCCAAAAGUCCGGUCCGGCACACCAACACGAAUGCCGCUAGCGGUACCGUCACGCUGGCGUACGGUCUCGUCUUGACGACGCGCGUUUUGGAACAGUUGGUCCAGCGAAGGUCCGACCACGACUCGUCGUCGUUGGCUUUGGUUACGGUGGCCCUCGCCGAUAGCUUGACCUCCGUCCUCUUGCGUGACGUCAAGGCACUCGAACGCUUGUCUCACGGACCCGCCCGUGCUUUUGUUCGUCGUCUUUGGGCCGUCCUGACCUACGCUCUAUCCCACGCCCUCCAAGAUUUGGUACCGCCCGACGCGUCGCCGGCCGAACACGACGAACACCACACGACGGCCACGGCCGUGGCCAUUGUCACUCUGGAACAACUCGUCUACUUUCAGCGAGGAACGAAUCCUUUUGUUCUGGAAGCGACUCCCGCCAGUCUCUGGUACCGCAUCGCCCGAACCGUGGUGGUUCCCAACGCGGACCGGUUUUGGGACGAUACCGACUACUGGCGCCGCUUGUGUCGAUCCCUGCUCUGGCGGUGGACACCCACCGAACGAGCCGUUUGGGAUGUUUGGCGAGACCUCGGUCGAGACUCGAUUCCCGAUCGUGGACCACAACGGGGCGCCGACGAGACGCUCCACGGGGACGACCAGGCCAGUGACGGGUCCACGCCCCGUCCCGACCCAGACCUAGCCCGGUCCCCGUCCCGUCGUGCUACGACGACUCCCCACGAUUCACUCGCGGAAUUGGUGAACACAUGCUGGUCUCGGCCGGAAGAUGGUGGACGCUUGCCCAUUAAGCGCUGGGCAUCGGUCGUGCUGGUUUGGUUGACACCCGGACAAGAACAGCUCCUCCGUGUCGGGCUCCAACUCCUGUCACCGACCCGGACGACGAACCCACGAAACAUACCCGUCUUCGGGACACCCCCGGAAUAUCUCCCCGACUCCCAUUCCACGCCUCGUACCCAGAUUCCCGUCUCCACUUUGCGUGUCGUGCUGGUAUCCCGGCUGGUCCGACUCGUUCACGAAAUGGGCACUCUAGCGGGAGCCCGUCUGCCUCCCAACGCGACGGCAUUGAAAGCCUACGUGACGGGCUUGCAGGGUGAGACGAUGCCCAAACCGAAAAAGGGUAGCCAGAAAAUCAAAGCGACGAAACCAGACUUGCGAGAUUUGGGUACCCUCCUUUCCUACCGCAUCCUUCAGGCCCACGACGCGUGCUUGGCCACGGGAUGGGCAGAUCCGACCGUCACCCUGAUCAACGAUGACGUGGCCGUUGCCCAUCCCGUGGUGUGGUACUAUCCCUUUGUGAGCCACACCUUGGACAAACUGUCACACGCGGCGUGUGCGAGUGUGCCGAACACCGGCCACGCCGAGCAGAAUCUGUGGCGAAAUCGAAUGCAGCACAUGGCGGCGGGUUGGAUUUGGGCGCGUCACCGUUCCCGACCGGAGGGUCCCGUAGAUGCCAAGCUGAUGGCCUUUUGUGUCGGAAGACUUUCGAGUGCGUUGACGCUCCUGGAUGUUGACCCGUCCGGUUGCGAGCCCGAUUCGAGCAGCCGUGAGUGGAAUUUGACCCAGGCCCUGUCAGAACCCGUACUGGGGGUUCCCACCAAGACGACUAACCGCAAGCGCAAGGCCACUACCGGUACUGGCACCGAGACAACCCGCGCUCCCCGAGCGACGAAGAAUACUUGCACUUUUGCGCACACCUUUGAUGUGGUGGAACGUGCCGUCUUUGGGGGAGAGGAAAUGCUGUCCUUGGUUUUUCGUGCGUUUGCGGAGGAACCUAGCAAAGAAAAAGUGGCCGAAUCCAUUCUUUCUUCCUUGAUAUCCCUCGUGGAAAAGUGCUACGACCUGACUGAAGUGGAAGCAUUGUUGACGGAUCUUCCGACGGGGAAGAAACGCAAGAUACCAAAAGCAAGCACCGCGAAACGAAAGCGACGGAAAAAGGAUGAUUCAACUGCCGAGGUGAGAGUAGACUGCCUUCCGACGUCGGACGGAUCCUACGGCAAAGGCAUAACUCAGGCUCGAGCGGACUUGGCAGGCGACUGUCUUGAGGCCUUGCAAAUGUGUGUCAAGGAUCCAUCGGCCGCAUCAACUUUUCUUUUGGCCCUUUUGAGAAACGCGGUUUCGGUUGAUUCUAUAGAGCGUGUGGUAUACUUGGGCAGUCGUAUUGAGGGAAUAAUGGUGCGACCUGACCGAGCCAAUAAUCCUCCAAAUGCUGACACCUUGAAACGAGAGCCCAAUGAUAGUGGUGAAGGUUCUUCCCCGUGGACCUCUAGAGAGAAAAAGCUCUGGUCUUCGCACAUGACCCUUGUUCUAAUGCUUGGUAGUGGGGGAAGGGCAAAUUCUUCGGCACCCAAACGCUACAUUUUCGGAGCAAACCGAUUGCAAAUCUUCAAAACCAUUGCUGCUCAAACCAGCACAAUCCUUUCCGGUCCCUUCUCUGAGGCCGGCUGGCCCAUUUGGCAACCUCGUGCGCAUCGACUCCUCAUUGCUUCCAAUAUUACCAACGAGCUUUCCACACCAAGCAGGGAGAACACUGCGCCGGACUGCUACAUCGUUGCCGGUAUGAUUGACUCUAUUUCAUAUCUCCUUCGCAACAUUUUAAAGUUUGUCAACCUUCCGGCUCGACAGGAUGAGUGGACCAUCGAAGAGGAAAUCCCACUUUCUUUAUCUGAUGCUCGCCUUUUUUUGUCAGUUGUCGCACGGCUUUCUCCUCAAGAACAAAGAUCUUCCCUUGCUUCUUUACUAAAGGAGAUGGACAAAGCCGUUCACGAAUUUCGUAAAUCGGAAAAAUUGCUUGCGUUUAUUUCCGGAGACCGGAAGGCCUCGGGCUUUCUUGCUCGUCUUAUCGUUUUAGCCACCCACUUUGCCCUGUCAGUCAUGUCGGGAAAGCGGUUUCAAGGUGUGAUUGUCAACGUAUUGGAAAAGAGCCUUUCCCUUUCGGCGCCCAUACCGGCUACAGGAUGGUACAAGGCCGAGACUUGUUUCAUGGGGGUGUUUUUGGACUGGGAAUCGUCGGAGCUGCCCGAAGUCCCGACAUCACUUUGGGGGAUCGAGGCAAGCACGGGAAGGAUCCUCCAAGGUGUUCUAGAGGGCUUUUUUAAGAUUGGAAUUUUGACUGCCCCUCAAGACAAUUGUCACCUUUUAUUUGCUUCCUGGAAUGCCCUGGGGAAAAGCCCGUUGUGGACGGAGCGGACCCCGGGCAUACAAAUACCAUCUGUACUUCCGCGAGACCCUGCAUUACUUCUGUUGGACCUUCGAGAAGACAUCUGUUGGUUGCAUGGACAGCUCAUGAAACUCGAAGGUAGUCCUUGCGGCUCCACGUUGAUGGAAGCUAUCGACAGCAGAGUUUCCGGGGACUCAAACCAGUCAGCAGCCAAAAUCAAGGAUUUACUUACUAUGAUGGUUUCGAAGGCUACCUAUGUCGUGGACAAGAUAUGUGACCAAUAUAUUCCAAAUAGUGCAGAGAUGGACUUUCCUAUGGCGUCGUCUGUGCAUCCCCUGUUGGAGGUUGUAUCGUGCUAUCUAUCGUUUGCCGUUUCAUCAUGUACAAAGCCACAUAAUCAGUUUCUUUCAACGAUUCAAGCCGAGGUUUCUGGUGGAAAGAGAGCUCGCGGAUACUCUUCCGGCAGCGACAAUCUGGAUUUCGACGUAGAGUCUGGUGACUCGCGUGGCGGGCUCGAGGCGUUAGAGAGAUUGCGAAACGGUUGUUUAGCAUUUGGAGCUGCUCCAGUCCAUCCAGAUUGGCUUGACGACGAAUGUCGGUUUCGCGAUGAAUUUUCGGAGAGUGACAUCGUGAAGAUUGCCAUCCAGGCUCAAACUACGCUCCGGAAAAUCGUAGUAUUGGCUCAAUCCCAGCUUGAAGUUUCCUUGAGAACAGUCUUUUCUCGGACUGGCGAGUCCUCGGACAACGUUCGGUCCGAUCUGGCUUUCAAAUUAUGCUCCCUUCAUCGCUUUCUGGAAAACCAACCAAAGGACUCUAGUUUCAGUUUUCAAGAGGAGAGUGUGAAAUUUGAGAUUGGCUCGGCCAGCAACUUGAGCAACGAAGUGAUUGGAUUUCUACUGAUGCAUGGCCUUCGGAACUCAAGAGUUAGGACCAAGAAAUGGUAUCCCUCCAUGGUACAGCGAGUACCUGGAAAAGUACACAAGUACUUUCGGCACAAAGUAAAAGUCGACGUGUCGACACCUGAGCUGCGAGUCGCUGGUGAAUGGGAAGUCUUGGCAGGUCUCGCACUGACGGCAUUUUCGACACCUCUGUGUCCACUUCAAGACCAAGCCCACGGAAUCGAAAAACCUGUUUUCCGGGAAAUUGCUUUGUAUGAGAAAUGGCAUGAAGUGGGUGUGGCAGCGCUUAGCAGUCUGGCUCCUGUUGUCUCACUUUUGCGAAUGGGACUGCAACAUUCCGGGCGGCCCACCCAUCCCUUUGCCAAAACAAAGGCUACCUUCGAAGAUUUGGAUGUUCACACUCUUUGUCCCAAGUCGUGGACUUUGUCACAUUCGAUGUUGGACGAACCGCAGAAAAAUUCUAUUCUCGAUACCUUGGGCGUUCUUGCUCGUCUCCCUGUGAAUUCAACGUGGGAAGCCGUAUCAUGUCAGCUGGUACUGGAUGGGCCAAAGUUUCGCACUAUUCAGCAGUUCGAGGUUGUCCGUCUUGCUCUAGCGGCAAUGUCCGCACUCGCCUCAGCUGCCAAUGGCAAUGCAAUAGAUCGACCUGACAUCGUUAGAAAGUUGAUGGAUAGGGUUGUCAAUAUCUUAAUUCAACACGUCGGUCAUGACCGAGCGGGCUUCUUUUUCGAAUCGAUAGGUGUCAAGGAGGUUGACUAUCGCACGAUAGUUGGUAAAACCUCGACUAUUUCAAAACGUAUCGACGAGACCAGAUCAAUGUGUUGCCUAUCUAAAGAGCUCGUUGACGGAAUGUUUCUUUUCUUUCUCAAUGAGACCGAGGCCGUCAGCCAGGAAGCACGGCUUUCGAUUCUCUGCUUGAUGAGCUCAAUUGCUCAACAUAGCCUUUCAAAUGACUGCUCGACAAAAAGCAAAGCCCUAGAGGUCGUCGGUCUCUUUCGAGAGGCAUUUUAUGCCGUACCAGAGUCCCGUAUCUUGAGUCUCGUCACCUCGGAUAUCUGCAACCAUUCAAUCGAAGGUUCAGAUACGUUACAAAGCGCAGUGUCUUGUAUACUCGCGUUUUGUCUUAUUGAACUUGAAAAACCUGGCGCCUAUGCCCCAAUUAUCGAGUCUUUAAAGGAUUUCGUUGAUGACAGCAUGAACAAAGACUACCGCUUUGUAUCGAGACCUUUGCUCCUACUCCUCUUGUGCAGCGUCCAAUGGGAUUGCCUCCAUGAUGUCGUGGGAACCUUGCUGGAAAGUAACGCAAGUCAGUCUAGGCAAGUCAUCAAGAUAGUAGCCACUUUCCUUGAGUCGCUGAACAAUGACCGUUCUACUGUUGGAAGCAGCCGGGUAAAGUCCGACGCCAAUGAUGUCACCGGAAAGCCUGUUAUUUGCUCGUUUGUCGCGAAAGCUGGGUUUCAUGAUCAGCAUUGGUAUAACUGCUAUACUUGUGGACUGACUUGGGACAAAGGGUGCUGUUCGAUGUGUGCGCUUGUAUGCCAUAUGGGCCAUGACGUGGCGUACUCUAGAUACAGCUCCUUUUUCUGCGAUUGCGGGGGGAACAACAAAAGAGAAGCGCAGCGCAAGUGCCGGUGCCUCACCCCACUACCGUCUUCAGAAGCAGAAGCGGCCUGGGCGUUCGGCAACGCCAGAGGAGGGGGAAAAGGGACAUGGACCCCUCGCUCCCCAGAUUUACGGCCUUACAAAUUGGAUUCACAAAUAGACGCGCAAACCAAUAGAUUUGGGGAGAUCGCGUUACAGUUUUGUCCUUCACAAGUUAAGUCAGCGCUCGGCAGUAUCAUCAAUGUGGGUCGAACGCGCAACUGGGGACGGAUUACGUUGGACGCUGUAUACGAGGAAUAUCGCAUCCGGAAGGAUGAUAGCAGUGUUAUGCUACUAGAAGAAAACGAGGAGGAACAAAUGAAUUGGUGCCAAGAGGGGGGAGAUCUUCUUAGCAGAAGAACCAAUACCCAAGUUGUGUUCAAAACCGACCCUUCUCUUCCUUUUCGUGUGGCUAGGCAAUCUGAGUCAGGCGUAUUCGAACUAUCCAAAAAGGUUGAUUUACCUUUGGAUGAAACGGGCAAAGCGCUGCGAGAUACCAAACCGAGUGUCCGUUCAGCGUUGGAAGUGGAUUCUCGCGGCAACGUAGUCGUCGCUGCGACGCGGGUGCUUUCUUUUUGGAACUGCGUACAGCUCCUGAAUACCCGAUAUAUGCAUGGCGGAACUUCUUUUUCGCGCACUUCGUUGAGUAUCGAAGGAAGUCGACUAGUUGACUUUGAUAUUCAUGGGAUGAAGUUGUCGAGACCAAAUGAAAACUUCUUGUUGAUUUGGGGGCUGUCAGAUGUGACAGUAUAUUCCUGGAAGGCCGCUGUUAACACCUGUGAGACUAUCUUCGAUUUGAGUCAACAAAAAAAGUCGCUAGCCACCGCCGACGACGAGGUCGUUGUUCACUGCGAUUGGCUCCCCGGAUCGAUGUUUGCUAUAGCGAUUGUGCGGAGCCGUUCCAUCAACCUGUUCCAUAUUUUAAGUCACUCCAAAAUGUCUACCCCGGUUGCGACAAUUUCGGUCUCACAAAAGAACGCUAGUAUCUCAAAUUGCUGUUUUAUUCCGAUCACUCACAGUUCUGACGAGGCACAUUCGAUGUCGUGGAUUAUUAUGGCAAUACUCGAUGACGGCCGAGUUUGCAAAGCAAGCGUGACAAUGAAUGAUUCUGCUUCUGUUUUUUCUGUGGCCCCAGAGUUUGACUUUGCCAGGUAUUUGCCUGUGCCAGACAGAGAAGACGAUACAACAGAGAGGGGUGGCCCCGCAGGAUAUAGGAAGAAUAUGAUCGGCAGGCAACUCGACUUCCUUCCCCUAAGUAGGCUACUUCUUUUAGAAAUUCCCUCAGUUUGUGUCAUGGCUUAUGCAGUGACAGAAGAUGGACAGAUAUCCCGCGGAUUUGAGCUGGUUCCCUGGGAAAUACGUGGCAAAGCGAGCGUUAGAGGGCCCUUUACUCGCUGGAGAGAUUUUGGGAGAGACUUAAAGUGUUCCUCAACCAAGUUCUGCGUUGGCUGUAUCUGCGAAUCUUCCUCAUCUGGGGACCCGGUACCACUUGUGCUUGGAGUCGAUGGCACAGUGACAUCUGUCGCGACGAUCCAAGGGGCCGCAACUCUAGGCUCGAAUGGAACUUCUGUAGAAGGUAUUGGUUUGUUUUCUGUGCCGGAACUGAUCGAUGACUGCGCGAUCUACGAUUUGAGGGGUCGAAGAUCUUUUCGAGAAUCUAUAAUUUGGCUCAUUUUGUCUUCGAACGGUUCUCUAUGCUUGUUGAAAGAGGAUGGGGGGUGGCCCAUAGCUACCCAAUUGAAUUCUCAAAAUGAACGUCGAACUGCUAUCCAGACUUCAACGGCCUCGGCCCAUCUGGACCUUCCUAUGAAAUUGAUUGCAUCUCCUUUGCUGGCUUUUGAGGAACUCACGAAUCUUACAGACCUAAAGGUUGUGGAGUUCGCAGGAUUUGGUCUCGAAGCGGGCGACAUCCUCAAAUCGAAGCUGACGAAAGACAACGACUCAGUGCUAGCAAGUCCAUGCCGAGAUGGAUUCACCCUCUCGCUUUCGGUGAGAAGUGAAUCUAGUAAAAUGUUGGAUUUUGCUAG